UCUGACUGUACACAUGAUUUCCUGAAAACGCCCCAUGCCAAAAAACGAUAGGCCAACUUUACCUGCUCCGCCGCGAAGCCAGUUCCGAAAAGCGAUCACUUUACAUCCAACCAAAAAGUGACUCUGAAUAACGAGGCAGUGUUGUUUAUACCGGGGCUGGACACAGGCUGAUUACAAAAGGGAGAAAACUUUGCGCAAGAUACCCAUCGGCAAUCACGCUGUGCAGCUCUAUUGAAGGAAAAAACUCUCCAAAACUUCCUUCCAUCCCACGAGUUUCACCCGCACAUCGAUCAAGGUCAAUUGUGACUGCUGGGGAACUGUCAAUGCCUUACGGAUUGUGUACUGGCAUAAUUAACUUUGCCUUUCGAGGGAUCCUUUAAAUUAUGGCUGUGUAGGCUACUGUAAUCACAUGGAUAAAUCCCCUCUAUUACAGACUGGAUUUUACUUUCUUGUCAUUGAACAAUAAGCCGAGUGACACCAUGUUGGGUAACGCUGGGACUUACGCUAUGAAGAAGCGGAAGAAGCCCGUUCAAAAACC